AACCCCCACCACUGAUAUACACAUUUUUUUUAAAGUUGGCCUUGAAUACUGAUGUUCGAAAUGACCUUUUCCGGUUCUCCGCUCCAGUAGGUGGCGGUAAUGCGCAAAAUAGCGCCAAAUAGUCGCAAAUAAAACACCGGGACGAAGCAACGUGUUUAACAACCACAGAAGAAGACAUCAAAACAUGGCGUCUGUGGCAAGUAACAAUUGUUCGCUUCUUCUUUAAAAGACCCACACAAAAGAGUAAAAAUACAACAAUUUCGUAAACGCAGCCUUUGGUUUAGUCGCUACUUUUGACCGUACGUCCACCACGGACACAUACUGUUAUCUUGUUCGUAGACAAGGCGUAAGUAAAGUAGCUUACGAGCUAAACAAAGCGAGUAUCCUUGCCUAAACAUGUGCAAAGUCCAAAAGCUGAGAGCGUUGGUGAAUCAGCGACUCGCUGCUGCUGUUCAGGAAAUAUUUGUAGCGUUUGAAAGAACCCUAGCAGAGUACGAUGAGGAACUUUCUCGAACGAAAGAGGAGAUGGAGCGACAACGUCAACUCCUGGACGCCGUUUUCCAUCCGGAAGUCCGUGUACAAAACGCAGACGUCCUACAGAGUCGAGAGAUGAUGAGCUCAGGGGUGGAGCCGAAGGUGGAGCCCCCCCACGUGAAAGAGGAAGAGCAGGAAGUGGAUGUGGAAAAGUUCCACGUGAAGAGUGAAGAAGAUGAUGGAGAGCAAGUGGGGUGGUCACAGCUUCAUCAAAGUGAGGAGGUGACGAGUCGUCAUGGUGAUGAUGGAGGAAGACGCGAACGCGCCACUCAGGUUGUUCAACCUAACGGGGACACGAUUGUAGCCUUUGUUCGCGGCAGCACGGACGAAAGUGACAGGAGCGACGUCGAAAGUGCGAGUCUUAACCCCGACAACGGGCUUUUCAAAUGCCACGAGUGCGGGAAAACCUUUAGUCGGCUCUCGGACCUGAAAAGACACGCCCACUGUCACGCGGGAGACCGGCCGUUCAGCUGCGCCCUUUGCAGCUACCGAUUCCAAACGCGCUCGUUGUUGGAGCGGCACACCCGCUGUCACACCGGGGAGAAACCUUACAGCUGCUCGCUCUGCGACUCCACCUUCAGCCGGCGCUCGGGGCUGCAGGAUCACAUGAGGAUCCACACGGGGGAGAAGCCCUUCUCGUGUUUGGUGUGCCACAGCCGCUUCACCAAGCGCUACACGCUGGUGCUGCACAUGAGGACCCACACCGGCGAGAAGCCCUUCGUCUGUCGGUUCUGUGGCAAGGCCUUUUCUCAGCAGGGGGUCAUGAGGAUACACAUGCGCAUACACACCGGGGAGAAGCCGUUUGGCUGCGACGCGUGCGAUAGGCAGUUUGCGAGGAAAUACCAGCUGGAAAGACAUCGCUGUGUUGGUCGGAGAAGCGACGCUGAACGUUGGAUUCCUGUCACCUCACACACUUCGAGUAGUUGAAUUUAUGGUGGCGAAGUCAAACGCUUUUUUCAUGUUUUCCUGGCGAUUGAACCACUGACCAUUACGAGUCAAUCCACCCCAGGGCAUCUCUACCAAUGCUGUGACUGAAUAAUGGGUUUUCAGUUCUUACUGUAAAGCGCUUUGAGUGUCUAGAAAAGCACUACAUAGACCUACUCCAUUAUUAUAGUACUUCUAUAUACUUCAUCUAGCACACAUGUUUUAAAUCAGUUAUAGGUAUCGAGUGAAAUUACUGCCACAACCCCACAAACAAGUUGUUACUCUAGCCCAACAAUUUACAGGUGUAAAAAACAUUUUAUGCAAGUAAAAAAAAUUAACAAAAAUUUUUAGAAUAAAAACAAUUUUCUGCAAGCACAAAUAUGAUUUACAAGUAAAAAAACAAAACAAUUUCUGCAAGUAAAAAAGAAACAAUUUUCUGAAGGUAAAAAAAAACAAUUCAUAAUAUAAAAGCAAAUUUCUGCAAGUAAAAAAAAAACUAUUCAUAAUAUAAAAACUAUUUUCUGCAAGUAAAAAUACAAUCUACAUGUAUAAAAUAUAUAUAUAUUUUUUCUGCAAGUAAAAAUACAAUUUACAGUUUUUUCAGCAACUAAAAAUAAGAUUCGCAAGUAUAAGAAAACUAUUUUUUGCAAGUAAAGAAAACAUUUUUUGCAAGUAAAAAAACAUUUCACAUGUAUAAAAAAACAUUUUUUGCAAGUAAAAAAAUAUUUGCAAGUUAAACAAUUUUCUGCAAGUGAAAAAUUUAUACAAAACUAUUUUCUGCAAGUUAAUAAACGAUUUGCAAGAAUUAAAAACAAUUUUAUGCAAGUAAAAAACAAUUUGCGCAGGGUGGAAUAAUCAGUGUUGGGACUAAGUAACGCGUUACAAAGUAAUUUUCGGCGGUAACUAGUAGUCUAACGCGUUAUUUUUUAUAUUCAGUAACUGAGUUACCGUUACUACAUGAUGCGUUACUGCGUUAUUUUACGUUAUUUUUUAUAUAGUAUCGGCUAGAAACCGAGAAGAUCUGAGUGUGUUUUACUGGAGCACUGCGGUGCCGUCCUUCUGAUUAUUCCUGUGUCACAAGAGGCGCGCUGUGUGUGUGUGUGUGUGUGUGUGUGUGUGUGUGUGUGUGUGGG